GGAAUCAGGAAUUCAACAUCUCAACAUACGAGACAAAAGCAGAUUCAUAGAACAUGCUCCGUCAAGAAUAACAUCUUCUGAGAUACAAAGAACAUUUAUUCUCGAUCCUGACGACCAGAAUGGCCGAAGAACAGACAGACUGGCUAGUGUGCGGGGCGAGGAGGUGCCGGGCGCAGAGGGUGAAUGAAAUCUUGGAAGCAAAAGAGGCUGACAGAAGAGCGGAGUUGCAACGUCGACGAGUCAGUGGAGGAGGAACACGAGAGCUUGCAGAGGGAGAUGGACCAGAGGCUCGUUGACUUCAGGCGCCGGGAGCACGAGGAGAGACUGGCAGAGGUGGCAGCCCUCCGCGAACAAGAAGAGAUAGAGCGAGCGAACCAUGUACACUUAGCGGACGAGAUGAGGAGGCGACAGCAGUGCCACCAGUACAGGGAAGUCUACUCGAGGGAAGUCCAGCGCUACAUCAACGAAACAAGGCACCAGGAAAUUGCACUGAGGAACCAAAUGCGAGAACUCUACGGGGUCAACACGCCACCUGGGAAGAAGGUCUAAUUCUAAUCCACCUUUUUCAAUUUUGUUUUUGAAGUGCUUUUGUUUGAGAAUA